UUCACUUUCCUCUCGCAGCAGCCACUGGGGAGGGCAGGCCCGAGCCCUGCGUCUGGAGCAAGAGCGCGAGCCGGCCGCCGGCCUUUCCGCCACAGGCCUUCAGCGUCCGGCCGCCAGGCCGAAAGGGCGCGCCCUGGAGCCUGCGCACUGCGCCGUGGCUCGUGCCCCCAAACGUGCGCGGCGCGCGGCGAGGGGGGCCCGCGCGGCAGCUCAGAGGCGCUGGGAGGCGGCUCUCCCCCGCCCCCCACCGCGCCGGCGCAGCCCAACCGAUCGCGAAGCUUCUGGAAGCGGCGCCCCGCCGCGGAACUCACAGGAGCUGCGACCCGACGCCGAGGAGCUGGCGGGGCCCGAGGGCGGGAGCCCAAGGGUGGGGCCUGAGCUGGAGCUCGCUUCUGAUUUGUCGCCCUCGCGCAGGCCUCGCCUCUCGGACGCUAUGGCUCCACCCCCGCGCUCCUCCUCCAUGGCGCCGCCGGUGCUCAUUCAUUCAGCGCCUGGCCUGCCGGACACCUGCGCGCUCCUUCAGUCGCCCGCCGCCGCCGCCAGCAUGUCAGGCCCCGCUGCCGAGUCGCCGGCCGCCAUCCAGAUCUGCCGGAUUAUGCGGCCAGAUGAUGCCAAUGUGGCCGGAAACGUCCAUGGAGGAACCAUCCUGAAGAUGAUCGAGGAGGCAGGGGCCAUCAUUAGCACCCGGCACUGUAACAGCCAGAAUGGGGAGCGCUGUGUGGCUGCCCUGGCCCGGGUGGAGCGUACUGACUUCCUGUCACCCAUGUGCAUCGGUGAGGUUGCACAUGUCAGUGCCGAGAUCACCUACACUUCGAAGCACUCUGUGGAAGUCCAGGUCAACGUGAUGUCUGAAAACAUCCUCACAGGGAUCAAGAAGCUGACCAAUAAGGCCACCCUGUGGUAUGUGCCACUGUCACUUAAGAAUGUGGACAAGGUCCUGGAGGUGCCUCCAUUUGUGUACUCCCGGCAGGAGCAGGAGGAGGAGGGCCGCAAGCGAUACGAGGCCCAGAAAUUGGAGCGCAUGGAGACCAAGUGGAAGAAUGGGGACAUUGUCCAGCCUGUUCCGAACCCAGAGCCCAACACGGUCAGCUACAGCCAGUCCAGCCUGAUCCACCUGGUGGGGCCUUCUGACUGUACACUACAUGGCUUUGUGCAUGGAGGUGUCACCAUGAAACUUAUGGAUGAGGUUGCUGGGAUUGUGGCUGCGCGUCACUGCAAAACCAACAUCGUCACAGCCUCUGUGGAUGCCAUCAACUUCCAUGACAAGAUCAGAAAAGGGUGUGUCAUCACCAUCUCUGGGCGCAUGACCUUCACCAGCAACAAGUCCAUGGAAAUUGAAGUUCUGGUAGACGCUGACCCCGUAGUGGACGACUCACAGAAGCGCUACCGGGCUGCCAGUGCCUUCUUCACCUAUGUGUCCCUGAGCCAGGAGGGCAAAUCACUGCCUGUGCCCCAACUCGUGCCCGAGACCGAGGAUGAGAAGAAGCGCUUCGAGGAGGGCAAAGGGCGGUACCUGCAGAUGAAGGCCAAGCGACAGGGCUCACAGGGCCAGGAGCCUCAACCCUAGAUGCCUGCCUUCCCUCCUUCCCUUUCUCCUUCCCUUUCUCUCUGAGGCCUGGGGCCUGAGCCACCUGUGCAGCUAUCCCAGGCUCAUUACACAGAAGUUACCCCCUUGGCCAAAACCCCCUUCACAUUGAGAGCUGGUGUUGUGUGAAGUAUUUGUCUCUCAGUAUUAUAACCUUUCCUCCUGAAAAACCUACACACCAAAGUGUUAUUUAUAUCAUUCCAGUGUAAUGCUACAUGGUAUUUCCCCUGAUGCCUAGAGGCAGUCUCAAAGCCCUGGGGACUACUCACGCUGUCCAGUAUGUAAAGAACCCAGCGUCACUAAUAAAGCUGCUGUUUGACUGGA